AUGGCUGACAAAGAAAGACUCCGCAUGAAAACAUCGAUUGAGUCGACUUCCAGUGGUGUGACAGUACUAUCAGAUUACAGUAGUACAUUGCCUGAAAACCUUCCGCCAUGGAUGGAAAAUCAGAAAGCACAAUCAUUUGGCCUGAAAUCUCUCACCGCCUUGUACACUCUUAUCCUCACUAUUGUUGCCUUUAUCAUUGAAAUCUCUCCAACAUGGCAAUCCGACGCGAUGCACAUCGAGUAUACCAUAUUCUGUGUUUUAAUGUAUUCCAUCGCUAUCAUCUACUUUAUUUAUCUCUACACAGUUAUUCUUUAUCCUAUCGUUAUCAACACAAUCCUUCUUUAUCUCGAGAGAAUGCACAUUUUGAGUGUUCAUUCAAUCAAACGAUGGGUUCGACCGGAGCCAGUUUUUACUGGAGAAGGAGCUGGAACACUGUAUUUGAGGCUGGGAACUUUAUUGUUCGGAACUCUAGGAAGCGUGCUUUGGGGCUCGGAAAUCUUUCUUUGUUUCUUCACAAAUGUCCGUCAUAACAUCUACGUGGUCAAAUACAUACUCGCUUUUGUAUUCACCUACUUGCAAAUGCACUUUCUCUGCUGUAAUUCCAAAAUUGAUUUACCCAAAAACAGCUUCAUCGCAAGUUUUGGAAUGAUGCACUGUAUCGCUGUGAAUCUAUGGGUUUGGUUCUCCCUCUGUCUGGCAAAAGCAGUUUACAAAAGUGAUAAGAAGACGUUGAAACUUCAGAAGAACGAAGAAAAAUGGAAGAAGAAGAAUAUGACAUUGACAGAUGCUGUCACGGAGGCAGUGACAACUACAGUCGCAUACAUAGCCUCUUCAGAUGGGGAAAUGGUUUCAAACUUCAGUGCGAGUGAGAAGCAACUUCGAUCCUUGUACAGACUGGGAAGUGCUGCCAACUUCUUGCUGACCACUCUAGUCGAGUUUUCUCUGAUUGCUGCAGCUGUCUAUUUCAUCAUUUGGAAGCAUGAGGGAGAGGAAAAUCCACAGGAAGCAAGGAAAAAGCAUGUUAGAUUUGAUUGCAAAUCAACAUCAGUUGGAAUCUUUGCUGCUCUCGUUCUCCUCGUUGGCUCCUUUGUCUCCAUCUCCAUGCAUUAUAUCUACAAUAACAGCGACAAGCCACGUGCAGCUGAUGAAGUCAUCGGAAUCGCCGAGACAGUUCUCUUCUGUGUGACUCUUCUGGCAGUCUUUGCCGCUUUCAUCAGAAUGCGCAAACUCCAGUACAGAUUACACGCUCAUGGACAAGUCGUUGACGAGAUACUGCUGAUUGUUGGCUUAGCUGGAGAAAUUGUUUAUUGUAGUACAGGGUUGGAUUUGUACUUGAAUGAGAGAUUGGGAAAUGUACCAGGAACAACAUGUCUAAUUGUAGUGGCAUUUGUAUUCAGAAUAAUACAAGUUGUCGUCCAAAGCGUCUUCAUUUUAGUGUCUUCUAGAUUACGAAGUCUGUCAGCUAGCAACGUAGCUAAUCAACCCGGAAAACAAAUAAUCACAUUUUUAGUUGUCUGUAAUAUAAACCUAUUCAUCUAUCACACUUUUGAAACGAUCGAAUCGAAUUUUGGCUUUCCUCAUAAGAUGUCCAGCAUCUACUCAGCUCUACUGAACAUCUCAUCUCCUUUAGUGGUAUUCUACAGAUUUCACAGUUCGGCUUGCCUUGCGGAAAUCUGGAAACAUGCAUACUCUACAAAACAUAAUCAUAGUCAUGUGCACAACAAACCGUUAGAAGAUCAUCAUAUUGCUUGA